CUCCACCACGACAAAAUUCCCCUUUGCCCUACGAGCCAACCCAAAAGUGGACUCUGCCACAGAACUCCAACGCCUUUUGAUAACGCACAUUUCAGUAAGUCCUUCUUCUUCUUUUCUUUCCUUUCCUCGCGUGGACCUGAGUAUUAACCCCCAGCAGCAACCGUCAAAAUGGUCAAGAAGAGAAAGAACAACGGCCGAAACAAGAAGGGCCGCGGCCACGUCAAGCCCAUCCGAUGCAGCAACUGCUCGCGAUGCACCCCCAAGGACAAGGCCAUCAAGCGGUUCACCAUCCGCAACAUGGUUGAGUCUGCUGCUAUUCGUGACAUCUCGGAUGCCUCCGUCUUCGCGGAGUACACCGUACCCAAGAUGUACCUGAAGCUGCAGUACUGCGUCUCUUGCGCCAUCCACGGCAAGAUUGUCCGUGUCCGAUCUCGCGUCGGCCGCCGCAACCGUGCCCCUCCCCCUCGUGUCCGCUACAACAAGGACGGCAAGAAGAUCGUCCCUACUGCCCCUAAGGCUUAA